UUGCUUAGGAAACGCAUUCCAUUACUCGGAGAAAAACAGGCAAGAUCUGUGUGCUAACACAAAAAUCGUUCAACCAAUACAUAACGAAGGAAUCCCGAGUAUAUUUGUGUCGGUAGUGACUCACAACUUAGCUUGAGAGACGUUUAGUCAGUGUUUUCAUUUGUAUGUCGACUACUCAGAAAAAAGGCAGUGUAGUUGUACAACAGAAGCAACAAUCCAAGAUGGAGACUCAAUUUUAUGAAGAUCAUCCGAAUUGGAUACAGAAGAAGAAGAGCAUGACUCUGGACCUAGUUCCUGGCUCUCGUACUAAGAAGCCAAUGACGCUUCUAUCUACUCCUGAUGUGAAUAUGUUAAAACUGGCUUCGCCAGAACUUGAAAAAUUGAUCGUUAACCAACAGGGAAAUGUAUGCACAACACCAACACCAACGCAGUUCAUAUGCCCGAAAAACGUAACGGACGAACAGGCUGCAUUCGCUCAAGGUUUUGUGGAGGCUCUUCAUAAUUUGCAUCAUAUUACCAAUGGUAGUGAAACUGAGGAUAAUCAAGGAGUUAAUGUGCAGUACUUUCCUCAAGCGGCCGUGAACAGGGCUCCGCCAAAUACAGUGGUAACCACACAAGCUUUCAAUCCCACUCACACAACGACCACUCUACCUGGUGCGCCAGCCGUAAGCAUGACGUACACAAAUAACAGCCUGCCUACGUCGACGGCUCAUGCUUCGGUUAGUGUGAUCAACAACACAGGAGGUUGGAGACAUAUCAAAGAGGAACCCGAACAAACGGUACCCGUAUACCAUGCUACACCACCCAUGUCCCCAAUCGAUAUGGACACACAAGAGAGGAUAAAAUCCGAAAGGAAACGACUUCGAAAUAGAAUCGCAGCAAGUAAGUGUCGUAAGCGAAAGCUGGAGCGAAUUUCACGCUUGGAAGAUAAAGUGAGUGAACUAAAAUCGCAAAAUCAAGAUUUACAGACAGCAGCCACCAAAUUGAGAGAACAAGUAUGUCGAUUGAAACAAAACGUGAUGGAACACGUCAAAAGUGGAUGUCAAGUAAUGCUUGCUCAGCAGUUGGCAUUUUAAAACCAUCAUAAACAGACAUUUUGGACAAUGAAAGAAAAUUGUUGCCUUGAUGAGUGUUUGAGAAACAGGGGGAUUGGUUAUUGGAGGAUGGGUAAACGUAGUACAGUAAUUAUUCAAUUAAAAGACAGUGAUUGUUUAUUCGGAUAUGUUAUGCUGCUUUGGAAGGAAAUGAGAUGCAAACAUCAUAUCACUUCUAUGGUAGCUUCACCAGGCAGGAAGCUAUGAAAAACUCGAAUUAUUUGGAAUAUUAAUUAUGAACAAUAUGUUAACAACUCUAUUGUUAUAAAUCUAAUAUAAUUCUUAAACAAUCGUUUUUACAGGUCUUUUUAUAAAACGCUAUUAGCUUUAAUAUCCAUCCUUUGUGAUAGCCUUUUGAUGAUCACAAUUUGUUGUGUAAAACGUCACGAAGCUAAUCUCGUGACCUCGUGAUACCAGCAGUUUUAAUUGAACUCUGAACUCUUGCAAGGCCAAUGCCAUACGAACAAUCUACGUGUGUCUAUGAUAAUAUCAUAAUCAGAAAUACAUAAUCGCCCCAUGUUUCAAUUAAUAUGAUUAUAAAGGUGAAGAAUUUUCUCUAAAAAUUAUGUACAUACAAAUUAUUAUAACUCCUAAAAUUUGGGCUGGAACCAUUAUGUUAAAUGAAAUCAGUAUUAGAGAUGUGGUUAAUAAUUUAUUGCUAUAUAAUAAUGAUAGGAAUGCAACUGCUGGUCAUUGUUAAUAUCCUAUGUUUUGCCAAACGGUACACAAUAUUAUCUGAUUUUACCAGAGUUCCUCAAAACCUCAACAAAGGAGAUGUCGUUGGCAGGAAAUGAUUGAUUCUUUCACAAUCCUUGUUAUUAGUUUCUGCUAGUCAGUAAACUAGGUGAUAAUAUUGACUGCGUGUACAUAUAUUAUAUUUGGCCAGAAGAUCGCAUGACGGCCAUCAGUCAAUUUACGUUGCUUUGUAUUUUAUGUAUAAAAGAAAUUUAAGGUCACUGAAUAAAUUUCAAAAUCUGAAAAUAUA